GAGCCCGGCCCCGCUCCCGGCCCCGCUCCGGCCCCGCUCCGGCCCCGCUCCGGCCCCGCUCAGGGCCCCGCACGGUCCCGGGGGCGCCGCUCGGUGCCGGAGGACGCGGCCGGGCCCCGGCGGGGCCGCGAUGUCGGACCCGAGCUGCUGGGGAGCCGCCCCGCCCGGUUACCGGGGCCAGCGGGCGGCCGGCGCCCUCCUCCAGCGCUCCAAGAGUUGCCGGAGCAGCAAUAGGAAGAGCUUAGUGGUGGGCACCCCCUCUCCAACCCUCUCACGGCCUCUCUCCCCGCUCUCCGUGCCAACAGCUGGGAGCAGUCCCUUGGACAGCCCACGAAACUUCUCUGCCAGCACCUCCAUCAACUUCCCCUUCGCUCGCAGCCAUGCUCCUCGGACUGACAGGGCUGAUGGCAGAAGGUGGUCACUGGCUUCGUUACCCUCCUCUGGCUAUGGGACCAACACCCCCAGCUCCACGGUCUCGUCAUCUUCAUCCUCCCAGGAGCGCCUGCACCAGCUGCCGUACCAGCCCACCCCCGACGAGCUGCAUUUCCUUUCUAAGCAUUUCCGCAGUACGGAGAGCGUCACGGACGAGGAGGGCAGGCACUCGCCCUGCCUGCGGCCCCGAUCCAGGAGCCUCAGCCCUGGAAGGACGGGUGGAACGUUUGAUAAUGAGGUGGUGAUGAUGAACCACGUCUACAAGGAGAGGUUCCCCAAGGCCACAGCCCAGAUGGAAGAGCGCCUGCAGGACACCAUCACAAACUUCUCCCCAAGCAGCACCCUGCCCCUGGCAGAUGGGGUGCUGGGCUUCAUCCACCACCAGAUCAUCGAGCUGGCCCGAGACUGCCUGGCCAAGUCCCAGGGAGCUCUCAUCACCUCCCGCUACUUCAUGGAGCUGCAGGAGAAACUGGAGAAGAUGCUCCGAGACGCCCAGGAGCGUUCUGAGAGUGAGGAAGUGAAGUUCAUUGACCAGCUGGUGAGGAAGCUGCUGAUCAUCAUCUCCCGCCCUGCCCGACUUCUGGAGUGCCUGGAGUUCGACCCAGAGGAGUUUUACCAUCUCCUGGAAGCUGCAGAAGGGCACGCCAAAGUUGGACAGGGAAUAAAGACCGAUAUCCCCCGAUACAUCAUCAGCCAACUGGGGCUCGUCAAGGACCCUCUGGAGGAAAUGGGGCAGCUGGAUCACUUUGACAGUGGGAACACCAUCACACCGGAGAACGAUGACACCUGUGAGAGCCAGCCCUCGGUCACCGUCCCGCGGAGGAAGCCCUGCGAGGGGGACUUUGAGACCAUCAAGCUGAUCAGCAAUGGGGCUUAUGGGGCCGUGUACCUGGUAAGGCACAGGGAGACGCGGCAGCGCUUCGCCCUGAAGAAAAUCAACAAGCAGAACCUCAUCCUGAGGAACCAGAUCCAGCAGGUGUUUGUGGAGAGGGACAUCCUCACCUUUGCUGAGAACCCCUUUGUGGUCAGCAUGUUCUGCUCCUUCGAGACGAAGCGACACCUCUGCAUGGUGAUGGAGUACGUGGAAGGGGGGGAUUGUGCCACGCUGCUGAAGAACAUGGGCCCACUGCCCGUGGACAUGGCCAAGAUGUACUUUGCUGAGACCGUCCUUGCACUGGAGUAUCUGCACAACUACGGCAUCGUCCACCGGGACCUCAAACCUGACAAUUUGCUCAUCACCUCCAUGGGCCACAUAAAGCUGACAGACUUUGGUCUGUCAAAGAUUGGCCUGAUGAACAUGACCACCAACCUCUACGAAGGGCACAUGGAGAAGGACACGCGGGAGUUCAUGGACAAGCAGGUGUGUGGCACUCCAGAGUACAUUGCCCCCGAAGUCAUCCUCAUCCAGGGCUACGGGAAGCCCGUGGACUGGUGGGCCAUGGGCAUCAUCCUCUACGAGUUCCUGGUGGGCUGCGUCCCCUUCUUCGGAGACACCCCCGAGGAGCUCUUCGGGCAGGUCAUCAGUGAUGAGAUUAUGUGGCCAGAAGGGGACGAGGCUCUCCCUGCAGAUGCCCAGGACCUGAUCACACGGUUGCUGAGGCAGUGUCCCCUGGAGCGCCUGGGCACUGGAGGUGCACAUGAGGUGAAGCACCAUUCCUUCUUCCUCCAUCUGGACUGGAACGGGCUGCUGCGGCAGAAGGCUGAGUUCAUCCCCCAGCUGGAGUCGGAGGAUGACACCAGCUACUUUGACACUCGCUCCGAGAGGUAUCGUCACUUGGAUUCAGAGGAUGAGGAAACCAACGAUGAGGAAUCAUCAGUGGAGAUUGGGCAGUUCUCCUCCUGCUCCCACCGCUUCAGCAAGGUGUACAGCAGCUCAGAGUUCCUGGCAGUCAACUCCACCCUGAGCCUCUCCUCCUCUGACCGGAGUCACUGCGAUGACAAAGAGGAGCGGUGGGACCGGCACUCGGGAGACGAGGACAGGAGCCGGCCAGCGGGCACUGAGCCCCGCCUCCGCUCCUGGACGUCGGGCAGCACCGCGCCGUACACCUCCCGGCACGAGCGGAGCCGCAGCCCCACCGCCCUGCCCAGCACCCUCAGCCUGGACACCAUGCCCAAGUUUGCCUUCUCCUCAGAGGAUGAGAGCCCUUGUGUGGCGUCCUCCAAGCCAGAGAGACCCAAGUUUGUGGUGGGAGACUCGGACGCGGGGACUGGCGGCGCGGUGAAGCAGUCGGCGUUAUCUGCCGAUCUUGUCAGCCUGAACCGCAUCCGCCUGCGGAGCAACAGCACCGGCACCAAGAACUCGACUCCCCGGAGCCUGGAGCCGAGCGGGGGCCGGCGGCUGAGCACCCAGAGGGACGUGCCGGACAGGCAGAGAGCCUCCCUGGGCAGCCGUGUGCCCAAAUCUGCCUCAGUCUCAGCCCUGUCCCUCAUCAUCACCUCAGAUGACUUUGGUGGUAGUGCCCUGAUGAGCCCCAUCUCCCCUCACUCCCUCUCGUCCAACCCCUCUUCCCGGGACUCGUCCCCGAGCCGAGACUCCUCGCUGGCCAUCGCCAGCCUGCGGCCGCCCAUCAUCAUCCACAGCUCGGGGAAGAAGUACGGCUUCACCCUGCGAGCCAUCCGCGUCUACAUGGGCGACAGCGACGUCUACACCGUCCACCACAUGGUCUGGAGCGUGGAGGAGGGGAGCCCUGCACAGGAGGCCGGGCUGAGGGCAGGAGAUCUCAUCACACAUGUGAAUGGAGAGUCUGUGCUGGGUUUGGUGCAUCGGGACGUCGUGGAGCUGCUGCUGAAGAGUGGGAAUAAAGUGGCCCUGCGGACUACUGCUCUGGAAAACACCUCCAUUAAAAUUGGUCCUGCACGGAAAAACAGCUCCAAGACAAGGAUGGCACGGAGGAGUAAAAAGAGCAGGAAAAGGGAUGGCCAAGACAGCAGGAGAAAGUCCCUUUUCAAGAAGAUCUCCAAGCAGUCGUCGGUGCUGCACACCAGCCGCAGCUUCUCCUCUGGUCUCCACCACUCUCUGUCCUCCAGCGAGAGCCUCCCGGAGUCCCCCACGCACAGCCUGUCCCCGGGUCCCACCACGCCGUGCCGCAGCCCCGCUCCCGACCUGCCCUCAGUGACCUUUUCUCUUUGUACGGCAGAUGCUGUGUCCCCUCAGAGCACCUCUCCCUCCUCCAGCACCCCAACGUCACCCGCCGGCCACGUGCGCCCCAGCUCCCUGCACGGGCUGGCCCCCAAACUGGGUGGGCAGCGCUACAAAGUGGGACGUCGCAAAUCCACCAGCAGCAUCCCCCCCUCGCCCCUGGCCUGCACCCCUUCCUCGGCCCAGCGCCCGCCUUCGCCCCAGCGCUCCCCAUCCCCGCUGCACGGGUACCCCAAAACCCCGCAUUCCUUCCAGGGCAAGACCCUGUCCCCCCCCACCAUCGUCCGGCAGAGCUCCCGGCCCCGCAGCGCCGACUGCCCCCGCUCCCCCCUGCUCAAGCGCGUCCAGUCGGCCGAGAAGAUCGUCACCAUCCUGGCCGAGAAGAAAACCGGCGGCGGCCGCAAGCUGGGGCUGGAGAUGUCCACGCUGGAUGGGGAGGCCAUCGGGGAGGGCGACCCCGGGGAGCACGGCUACCACCCCGCCAGGCACGACCGGGACCAGGAGAUGGUGGUGAUGCGGCGCCUGAACCUGUCGGAGCGCCGGGACUCCUUCAAGAAGCAGGAGGCGGUUCAAGAAGUGAGUUUUGACGAGCAGGAGACGGCGGCGGGGAGCGAAGACAAGAGCGAGGAAGGGCAGGGCGCGGCGGAGCCGCCGGCGAGGCCCAAGCCCAGCACGGUGCCGCAGAUCGCGGUGCAGGGCUCGGAGAGCGACGAGCAGGAGCCGGCGGUGGCCGAGUGGGAGUGCCAGGGCUCCUACCCCAUCAGCAGCGCCGAGCAGCCAAACAGCAGCGUCUCCUCGCCGUGCUGGGAUGGGUGUGAGCACCGGGACCGUGGCUCCCAGCAGCAGCGGAACUGCGGGCAGGGGUCACCCGGCCACUGGCAAGUGCCAGCCCAGGGCCAGCAGCCGCCUGGCGCUCAUCUCCCGGCUCCCCGGGGCGUGUGGAGCGGGGCCAAGCACGCCUGAGCCCCACGCUGGCACCAGGGAUGGUUCAGGCUCCCUGUGACAUCCCCAGCACCCUGUCCUGUGCAGCAGAUCCAUGAGAGAAACGUCCCCGGAGCCACUCUGGACGCUGGCCGGGCCGGCUGUGCCCCGGCUCUUCGCCCCCCUGGAAGGCUUUUUGUACUCCCUGAAAGAUGCUCAUAUUUUUAUAGAGAUGCAGGAGCUUUUCCGGCAGCGGCUUUUCCCCAGCUGGGCCCCAACCUCUGUGUACAGAAAGGACUCGAUGCAAAUAUUCCUUAAUUAAUUUAUUACUUUUUAUAAGCUAAACGGGCAGUGCAGGACUGUCGCAGGGGCCAACCCAGCUCUGGGAGUCCCAGCCUUUCCCGUGCGUCUCCCAGCUCCCAGCCCACUGUUUUCUAACCCACUCGCUUUUCCCUACUUUUUAACUUCAAUUCUAGCUGGAAACAGCCUGGAUCUCUUAAGAACCCCAUAAUUCUAAUAUUUAAAAUUAAAUCAAAACCCCAAAUCCACAGCAACAUCCCCCAAAUGCUGGUGCUUCAGGCUGGGAUGCAGAGGGGGGGGAUAUUUUUUGCAUAUGGAUCAUCAGAUGAUGAGCAUAUGGAUCAUUUUAUAAGCUUAUAGGAGAUAUAAAAAAGGUUCAGUUAUUUUAAUUUAGAGGUUUUAUAGCAACCUGGCUCCAUUGGCUCUUCCAGGUGAGGAAAAUUCAGACAUUCCACAGGCAGGAAUAUUAAUGGAAUUUUUAGGGUCAGUUUUUGCUCUUUCCAUUUCUCUCACACAAAAUCCCAUGGUGUUGCUUGGUGAGUGUACAGACACCUACAAAAUUCCAAUUUAUCUUUUUUUUUU